GGACGUUCUGUAGAGCGGAGCUGGAUGGACGUUUCCCCGCCGCCCCAGCCCCUGCGUUCAUUCAGAGCAGCCAGAUGUGUUUGUAGAUGUGGAGAGAUUUGAGUCGAGCUAACGUUUGCAGAUCAGAGAAGUAACAGAGCAGGGACCCCUAGUGCUGCUGUCUGGGUGGAUUUUCAGUAAGGAAUGGAAAGAACACCGUAAUUUUGCUGAGGAUAGAGUACAAGCAGGCAGCCUGCCCCUUUCUUCUGUGAUAUACAAAUCAAAGCUGGUAUCCUCAGCAGACGACGACAAGGAUCUCUGUCGUUUUAGAAGAACAUGGGGCACCCUGCGUUAGAGUUCAGCGACUGCUACCUGGACAGUCCAGAUUUUCGAGACAGGCUGAAAUGUUAUGAGCAGGAGCUGGAGAGAACCAACAAAUUCAUAAAGGAUGUGAUUAAAGAUGGGAAUGCACUUAUCAGUGCUAUAAAAAGUUACUCUUCUGCCGUGCAGAAAUUCUCUCAGACUCUACAGUCCUUUCAGUUUGACUUUAUUGGGGACACACUAACCGAUGACGAGAUUAAUAUUGCUGAAUCCUUUAAGGAAUUUGCAGAGUUGCUCCAGGAGGUAGAACUUGAGAGAUCAAUGAUGGUCCAAAAUGCUAGUGAUUUGUUGAUCAAACCACUGGAAAAUUUUCGUAAGGAACAAAUAGGCUUCACCAAGGAAAGGAAGAAAAAGUUUGAGAAGGACGGCGAGAAGUUUUAUUCCAUGCUGGACCGCCAUUUGCAUUUAUCGUCUAAGAAGAAAGAGUCCCAGUUACAGGAGGCUGACUUACAGGUUAAUAAAGAAAGACACAAUUUCUUUGAGUCGUCCCUGGAGUACGUGUACCAGAUCCAGGAAGUGCAGGAGAGCAAGAAGUUCAGUAUUGUGGAGCCAGUGUUGGCCUUUCUUCACAGCCUCUUUACAUACAACAACCUGACAGUCGAACUCACGCAGGACUUCCUCCCUUAUAAACAGCAGCUUCAGCUCAGCCUACAGAAUACGAGGAAUCACUUUUCCAGCACGCGAGAGGAGUUGGAAGACCUGAAGAAAAGGAUGAAAGAAGCUCCUCUGACCUGCAAGCUACCCGGGAAGCCAACCAUAGAGGGUUAUCUGUACACUCAGGAGAAAUGGGCACUGGGCAUAUCUUGGGUGAAAUAUUAUUGCCAGUAUGAGAAGGAGUCAAAGAUGCUAAGAAUGACUCCAGUGGAGCAGAAGUCUGGAGCUAAGCAAGGCACCUCAGACUUGACACUGAAGUACUGCGUAAGGAGAAAGACUGAUUCUAUAGACAAGAGGUUUUGUUUUGAUAUUGAGACGAAUGAAAGGGCCGGGACUAUCACAUUGCAAGCACUUUCAGAAGCUAAUAGACGGCUAUGGAUGGAGGCCAUGGAUGGAAAGGAGCCAAUCUACCACAGUCCCAUCACAAAACAGGAAGAAAUGGAGUUGAAUGAGGUUGGCUUCAAGUUUGUGAGGAAAUGCAUCAAUGCAGUAGAGACCAAAGGGAUCACUACUGAGGGAGUGUACCGAACCGUUGGCAGCAAUAUCCAGGUGCAGAAGUUGCUGAAUGCCUUCUUUGAUCCAAAAUGUCCAGGGGAUGUAGAUCUCCAAAACAGCGACUGGGACAUCAAGACAGUUACCAGCUCAUUGAAAUUCUACCUCAGGAAUCUAGCUGAACCUGUCAUGACGUACAGACUCCAUAAAGAGCUGGUCUCGGCUGCGAAGUCUGAGAACCUGGAUUACAGGCUGGGAGCCAUUCACUCUUUGGUUUAUAAACUACCUGAGAAGAAUAGAGAGAUGUUGGAACUUCUCAUACGACACCUGGUCAACGUGUGUGAGCACAGCAGGGAGAAUCUGAUGUCCCCAUCCAACAUGGGGGUUAUAUUCGGCCCAACUCUUAUGCGGGCGCAGGAGGACACGGUCGCUGCCAUGAUGAAUAUCAAGUUCCAAAACAUUGUGGUUGAGAUCCUCAUUGAGCACUUUGACAAGAUCUACUCCAGCCCACCUGAGGACAGUGCUGCCCCCCCAGUGCCUCCUCCCAGGGUAGCUGCCCGAAGGCACAAACCCAUCACAAUUUCCAAGCGCCCGCUGAGGGAAAGACCUGUCUUUUAUGGUGGUUCCCUGGAAGAAAAUCAAGGUGACAGCCAUGACCAGACUCCUAAUGGCACCGUCAUCUUUAAUAGCACAGAAGCCCCCAAGCCGCUACAUCGCAGCAGACUGCCUACACAGAGAGCAGGGGAGGCUGAUGCUGGAAGGCCUGGCUCAGAGAGCAAACAUGAACAGUCCUCUGAAGUGGUUGUGGGAAAGCUGGUGUCCAAGCUGCAGGAUGGGGGAGCUAAGCUCGCCAACAAGGCCGCAAACGGAGUGGUGACUGGCACCACUGCUCUAAAGACCUCCAUUCUCCAGGCUAAGAGGCCUACUCUGAGGCCCAUGAUAUACAGCAAGGAGGGUGAAUACGACACCUUCGCUAAAGCCCGAUCCCCUGGAGAUAAGCCAGUGAUAACACGGCCCCCAGUGAGACCUCCAGACCCUCCGUGCAGAGCUCCUGCGUCCCAGAAGCUGGAGCAGAAGCCUGAGCCGAUAGCAAGAGGAGUGGAGGAAAUGCCUUCAUCUGUAGUGGCCUCCAGAGCAAAGUUCUUCGAGACAGCUUCCCGGAGGACAAGCAGCUCCUCAUCACCGCAAGGCAGACUCCCGAGUGAUGAGAGCUGA